GAUGUGGGAUACUGCAUAGGGACGGAAGCCUUACUCUGUUCCCUUGCUUUGUUCCAGAGAGAUAGAGAGAGAGAGAGUUUCCUUUUCCUUUUAAAGUUUAAACCUCUCUUCACUCGAUCACUCUCUGACCCUAACCCACUCCCUCAACAGGAGGAAAGCACAUGCAUUUUUCGAUGGAAAAAGGUGGGCGGGUGUCAAGUAACCUGGCGAUUGACAAUAUGUAUGCUAGAAAUUUGAAGAAGAGUCAGCUUGGAGGUGUAAUAUUUGUUUGUACGAACAAUACGAUAAGAGAGUGCUUAUCCAAACAACUCUUUGGUUUACCGGGUCAGCAUUUUUCUUAUGUAAAGAAUAUUGAUCCCGGCCUGCCUCUCUUCCUAUUCAACUAUAGUGACAGGAAACUUUAUGGGAUAUAUGAGGCUGCUAGCUCUGGCCAAAUGAACAUAAACCCGUAUGGCUGGACCAGUGAUGGUGCACAAAGAACACCAUAUCCUUCCCAGGUUCAAAUUCACGUGCGGCUGCAAUGUCAACCACUGUGUGAAGAACAGUUUAAACCGAUUAUUGCAGAUAACUACUACAAUCAUAAUCAUUUCUGGUUUGAGCUUGACCAUGUUCAAACCAGUAAGCUGAUGUCCUUAUUAGCAUCUUUAGCUGUUUCCCCUGGCACCUGUGUACUGACACAGAAGAUAGAGAAGUGGAGAAACAUGUUCCAACCUGGUCCCUUAUCUAAAUCAAGAGAGGAAGAUGAAGGAUACAACUUGCCUGCUUCAGAAAUUGACCACACUGAUAAUUCAAGUAAGAAAUCAGAUUCUACACACAUUGCUUCUUCAGAUGUAGAUAAUCAACCAGUGAAAGAUCAGUUGGGUGUGACAGCAGUGGAACAAGAAGAGAAAGAGCUAAUAUUCAAGAAGCUGCAAGAAUUGGCUCUCAGAUCUGAACCUCAAGCCUCUUCUUUGAGGGAUGGCACAGAAGAUUCUCCUCCUUUACAUGAUAUGCACUUGGAGGAGAAGGCUUCUGCAGAGGAGCAGAUGGGUUCAGAGGAAAAGAAUGAUGUCAAUUCUUGUACCUUUUGUCAAUCUACCAUUGCUCAGUUGGCUAAAGGGAUGGAAGAGCUUAAGGCUUUUAGAACAGAACAAACUCUGAAGAUGGGUUAUUUAGAACAGAAGCUGGUUGAGGCUGAAGAACAAAUUCAACAGCUGAAAGAUCGGUGUAUGAUGUUGGAAUCCAUGUCUAAUCCAUCCAAGGCAGACAUUGAUGAAACAGUCAAUAAUUUGUUUGACGAGGAGCAAUUGGAUCCUACUGAUGCCAUCCAUCUGAUGGGGGGAUAUGAUGGUGAAUCGUGGUUGUCGACUUUCAGUUUAUAUUUUCCCUCUCAAGAUGUAGUGAAAUCUUUGAGGCCAAUGAGCUCUGUUCGGUCAUAUGCUUCAGUUGUACAGUUUCAUGAAGAGCUUUAUGUAUUUGGUGGUGGGAAUGGCCAGUUGUGGUAUGACACGGUUGAAUCAUACAAUCCAGCAAAUGAUCAAUGGACCCCUCGCCCAUCGUUGACCAGGAAGAAAGGGAGUUUGGCUGGGGCUACUUUAAAUGACAAAAUAUUUGCCAUGGGUGGUGGAAAUGGGGUUGAAUGCUUUGCAGAUGUUGAAAUGCUUGUUUUAGAUAUUGGAAAGUGGAUCCCAACAAGGUCGCUGCUACAGAAGCGAUUUGCUCUUGCAGCUGUGGAACUCAAUGGUGUACUUUAUGCAACUGGUGGAUUUGAUGGGAGUGAUUAUUCAAAGACUGCUGAAAGAUUUGAUCCCAGAGAACAUUCUUGGAGCAGAAUUGCAAGCAUGAAUGCAAAGAGGGGCUGCCAUUCAUUGGUUGUUUUGAAUGAAAAACUAUAUGCUUUGGGUGGUUAUGAUGGAAGCACAAUGGUUUCAAGCACAGAAAUAUUUGAUCCUCGUCUUGACUCGUGGAUCCCUGGGGAACCCAUGAACAAGCCUAGAGGCUAUGCCGCCGCUGCCGCCAUUAAGGAAUCGAUAUAUGUUGUUGGAGGGCUGGAAUCUGAUGAGAACAUUAUAGAUACCGUUGAACAUUUCAAGCAGGGUCAGGGAUGGCAAGAAAAGAAGUCCAGGGCCAUCAAGAAAAGAUGCUUUUUGUCUGCUAUUGCUUUGUAAAUCAUGGAAAUGGUUGAUAAUCUUUUUGAGAGUUAAGAAAUUGGUAUGAUGAUUGGCCAUUAGAAGCCAAAAGUGUUUUGUUUUUUUUAGAUCAGGACGUGGGAUGCAAGCAACAGGCAAUAUAGAAUUUGUUCAAGUAUGUAAAAAACAGUAAUCCCGUCAUCAAAUAGAUCAUCAAGGGAAAUACCACGAACAA